GUAAACGGUGGUUUACUCGCUAAUUUACCGCCAAUAGGUGGUGGUGGCCCUCCCAUCGUGAAGAAAAAUCGUGAAAAAAAGGAAGGUGCAAACAAAGGUUGGCGCUGAGGGGGAUUGAACCCGCUACCUCUGGCACUGAAUAACCACACAUGGAUUCCUUCUGUCAAACUUAAAGACAACGAAAGGACGCGUCAUUCCAAUACGCCUCUUCGUAUUUUUUUCGCGCUUCGCACAAAACAAUUAUGACUCGUUCCCGGGUUGCCCUACUCAUGGUCGCUGAGCCGACGACGAACGCUUUCAGUGAAGUAAGAGGGCCUAUCCCCGAGGUGCUGGGAGCUCUGAGAAACCUGCGGGAGCUGUUGCUCAGCUCCAACCAGCUUACAGACGAGAUUCCAGCGACUCUAGGACAGCUCGGCAACCUGCAACAGCUCGAUCUCUCUUGGAACAAGCUCAGUGGAUUCAUCCCACAGGAGCUAGGAAACCUGAACCAGCUGCAGACCCUUUGGCUCUACUUCAACCAGCUCACUGGGCCCAUUCCCGAGUCGCUGGGAGCUCUCAGCAACCUACGGGAGCUGUCUCUCUACUCCAACCGGCUUACAGGUAGCUAA